AUGGCUGCUGCACAGCUGUCUCCCGAGGACGUUUCGAUGGCGUCUUGUUUCUCUGGCAAAGCCUCAUUCCUUACUUGCUGCUUAGACCAUAGCGUAGACGAGUGUCCAGUGGGUGGGAUAGACAGCCCUUGUUGCGUGAGAGCUGCGGGACCCAGUCGCUGGUUUAUUGAAACGCUUCGCUGCUGGCAUUCCUUCGGGGGACAGGGCACCGCAUACGGAGCUGGACCCCUCAGAAAGUUGUGCUGCGGUGCCGGUUCCCACAAUGACAGAUGCUUUGGAGGUGACUUCUCAGCUGACCGCUGCUGUGUGAAACCACCAGCCAUAGCUGUUGCGACCGCUUUGAGGAAGGAGACCUGGAGGUCUAUCGGGGAGCAGUAUCAUGCCGAGUGCCAAGGCGAGUCGCAGCAUUUUUCUGGAGUUCGUUGUGUUCCUGACUGGCUUUCCAUGGACUAUAGUGGGCUGUUCAGCCAUAUUUUAUACUGCGGUCCCAAGGUGAGUUCUUUGGCAUUUCACCUUCUGAUGAUGGUCAGCAUGAACAAUGCUCUUUACAUGCACGAUCCCGGGCCUGGCUUGUCGGGGCACAGCAGCAUGCUGCUGUCGAAGUGUUUCCGUUUUUACGACCGAACUCUGCGUGCAAGCAGAUUUCAUGCACUCAGAGCUGCUACUGUCGUUCUACUCUCGCCCAUGAUCCAUGACUUCGACGUUUUGAUGGAAGGACUUGCUCUGCAACAGUUGAUUGGGCUGGCGGCUAAGGACCCGCGAGCGCAGGUAUUGGGCCUCCCCACCUCGGACAAUGGAACCUGGUCCUGGCCUGUGUUGCGCUUGCGUCGUGCGUAUUGGAAGCUAUCUGCAAGCCGCUAUCCUUUCGCAUACGGAUCCUGGGCUCAGCCACAUCACUCUUUGGACCUUUCGCAUUGUUAUGCCGGGGAUACCACGAGUGGUACCAGGGUUUACAACUCCUCCGUUCUACGAAUGCUGCUAACUUCGCCCCAGCAGAGGGCUGACCUGGGGUCCGCUUGGAUGCUGGGUCUUGACCUUGGGCUGAAACAGCUGAAGAACAUGCGAGGCCGGGCACUCACCUGUCUGACCGGUGCCGGCACCAUCUUGGAGGAAGAGUCGUACUUGCUGCACACCGCGCUUGAGGAAUCCCUUGCCAGGAGCUACGACAUCGAGGCAGCACGUUUCCAUCCAGCUGGGAAGGUGCAGACAAAGUGCAUCACAGGUGGUACCCUGGCUGAAGCACUUUCAGCAAAUGCUGCUGGCAUGGUGGUUCCAUACUGCAUCCGACUGGCUUUGAAGCACGGCAUGGAGAAGCUGAAGACGGUUGUCGAAGUUUUCGCUGGCCCGGAUGCAGUGCUGAUGCCAAUCUACGGAACCUCACUGAGCAUCAUGCGGCUGGGAAGCACGGAAGGAGAAGUGAUACCCUGGGACUACGAUGCUGACAUGGUCCUGGUUCUGAAUCGCAUGAACGUGGAGAAGCUGUGUGGGCACUUAGAAGCUGCUGGUUUUACUGUGGAGUAUGGCGAUGUUCGCACACAUUUCGGAACAUCGGGUCGCGAAGUUCAUCUUAAAACAGAGUAUCGUGACCCCGACUUGAAUAUCACCGCUGAUAUAGACCUUUGGCUGGAGACUGACGGCGCCGCAGGUGCGACUAGCGUGCUUCCCCAUUCAAGACUUCGCUUGCACACGCUGCCCGUGGUUGUCAACAGCGACGUGCUGUUCUGGAUGCGCUUUCGUGGCACCACUGCCCCUCGCGACCACCUUUACCCCAACGAAAUGCAUGGCUACUUGCCGGUCAAAGGCUUCGCGUGCCCGGGCCACAGCGCCUGCAUACCGCCGGGAUGGCUUUCCGACGAUGGCUUCCGCGAUGGCGGCAUGCCUGAUGCAUUCGCACAGCUCGACAGCUGGGACUGA